AUGGCGAGAAGCGGCGACGGAUGGGACGACGACGCGUGCCUGGCGUGCGCGUGCGCGGUGACGAAAAAUAAUGAUGGAUUCAAGUGGUCGGACGCGGAGGGCGGGGACGGGGUGGAGAGCGUCGCGCGAAGGAUGUCGCCGAGCGGGCGGUGCUCGUGGUGCGGCAAAGAGACGCGACAUCGAGUGACGCGAGCGACGGGGAGAAGAGGGACGUAUCUGAGUCACUGCGCGCGGUGCGCGAGGGCGACGCACAAGUGCGAACGAUGCGCGGAGGGAUUCGCGAAGAUCGGGGACGGGAGGUGCGCGAAGUGCGCGGGAUGGGUGGAGACGUGGACGACGAGCGAGGCGUUCGCGGCGGCGACGAGACGCGUCGCGUGGUGCUCGUGGUGCGGGGAAAAGAGUUCGCACGUCAGGCGUGGGACGCGCGGGAGCGACGCGUACGAGUGCAUGGUGUGUGGGGGGGGGACGGCGGCGUGCGAGCGGUGCGGCGAGGACGCGGAGGUGAUGCGCAAGCGCUCGCGGCCGGGUGGGGGAUCGUGCGCGAGGUGCGCCGCGGCGGAGACGACGACGCGCAGAAUAAACAUCGGUGGACACGUGUCCGUGCCCACGAUCGGGGCGUUGGCGAAGGCGUUUAAGCGCGCGCUGAGCCGCGGGGACGACGCGGCGACGGCGACGGCGUCGGCGGAGGAGAUCGCGCGCGGGUGGGAUUUGCGGCUGGCGAAACGCGAAGCCGCGGACGAGCGCGCGGGGUUCAUAUUUGACGUUCUCGACCGCGAGAGCGAUUACCGAGACAAGGCGUACCGCGCCGGUUUGAUACGCCCGUUCUUACUCCUCGCCACGCUUCCUCCGCGCGAGCGCGUUCGACUCGGCAUGCGGUUGGGAGUGACGCUGUGUCGAAGCUCGGCGUACUUGGAUCCGCACGCCGAGGCGUGGAAGUUGCUCAGGGAUCCGAUGUGCGGACUGCAGACGAGAGGCGGGAGCGUGUCGCGCGUCGUCGAAAAAGUCACCGGCGUCGGACGCGGGGCGAAUUGGAUCGAUAUAUUGUACUCCGCGCUGACCCUCGGCGCGGACACCGGAAAGUGUCCGGCGACGGAUCCGAGCGAGCUCGACGCGCUUCCGAAAUUUCGUUCAACCGGUCACGCGAUGUUUGCUCUUCGCGUCGCAUCGCACCCGUCGUUGAGCGCAUUUGAAGUCGCGACGCUGCGUCUGGUCGGUCGCGCGCAACGCGGCCGACUCGCACCGGCGUCGACGAUUGUUCUGGACGGCGUGUGCCGACAUCCUCGCAUGGCGACGCUGCGGUCGCGAUUAGCCAAGGCGUAUCCGCGCCACGCGGACGAAGUUUCCCGACACGCCGUGACGUGCGCGUUCGCUUCGUCAGAAUGGGCGUCGACGAUGCGACCAUCGAGUCCGGGAGAUGUCGAAGAGACGGCGGAAGAAGUGUUCGGAAUGUUGCUCGACGGCGCGCCGUUUUCGCGCCGCUGCGGCGCCGCGGACGAAGACGUACUCGACGAAAGCGCCGACGCGCACUUGUCGCGAGGCGCACCUUCGUUGCUAGGAUCUUUAGCCUCCGCGACGUCGAUUGGACUCGCAUCUUACGCCGCCGCUCAAUUUGCGCCGAAGAAAUUCGCCGUGCUCACGCCCAGGGACAUCAUGGAUUUGACGACGGGCGUUCGCACGCCGACGCUGACGUCGUCGGGCAUUUUCGAACCGGUGGCGGUGAUGCUCAUACACAACGUCCUUCUCGCCGCGAGAAACGUGCAUGUGGACGAGCACUUGCCGGACGAAGCGUCGCGAUUGUCGAGAGACGCUCUGAUGUCCGCACAGUCGCCAUCCGUUGCCGCGCCGACGCCCGAACCGGCGAGCGAGACGAGUCCAGGGUCGCCCAUUGACGACGAACCCGGUUCGCCCUGGGCGCCUAAAUACGCGCAUCUUCAAGACGAGGACGCGAAAGUGCGUUUAGAAGAAUUAGAAGAGGCUGAGGAGUCCGCGGCGAUGCUCGCGAGAUACAUCAACGCGUUGGAUACCUCGGAUCU